AUGUAUUUUGGACUUCAGACAGGCUGGAUCUCGAUGAUGUCGCUUCAAUCCUCUCUUCUCGGGUUCGCAUUAUUCAAACCAUUUCAAAGCAUGCUCAGAACAAAGUUUGGACCUAUUGAAAAUGUUGUAUUGCAAAGCACCGCCGUUGCUACCGGAACAAUGCCUCUUGCAGCUGGAUUUGUAGGAGUAUUGCCUGCAUUGGAGCUCAUGAACAAGAACGACAACGAAAGUGGACCGAUCAUAUUGACAGCCAAGCAGCUCGUUUUAUGGUCUUUGGGAGUGGCAUUUUUUGGAGUAUUUUUUGCGGUGCCUCUACGGAAACAAACCAUCGUCCGUGAAAAACUACGAUUUCCAUCAGGCACCGCCACCGCUCAGAUGAUCAGUUUAUUACAUCAAAUACCUGAUCCGUCAGUAAAGCAAGGCAGACGCCGACGACGCAUUCAAUCACCCGAACAAACCGAGCAUCAGCCACUGCUGCAUUCUUUUCCUUCCUAUCAUUCGUCCGCAGCAUACUCUCGCCAGGAUCUAUCCGCCCAGAUCUCGACCGUCGAUCAUGCCUUUGAAGAAUCGUGGACAUACAAACUUCGUGCACUGAUCGGUUCAUUCUCCCUAUCAUCAGCUUACACCCUCUUAUCGUACUUUUUUCCUAUCAUUACAGCACUUCCGGUGUUCAAUUGGUUAACUUUCAAUAUGAUCAAUCUCCGCGCGUGGGAAUGGUACUUUACACCGAGUCUCAGUUACGUGGGACAAGGCGUGAUCAUGGGACUUCCGACGACGCUGUCGAUGCUGCUUGGUUGUGUGGUUGGUUGGGGUAUCCUUUCGCCCAUGGCGUAUUAUGCUGGAUGGGCACCAGGACCAAUCGAUGACUGGAAAACAGGCUCAAAAGGGUGGAUUUUAUGGGUGUCCUUGGGCGUGAUGAUCUCAGAAUCCGUUGUAUCACUCGGCAUGGUAAUGAUGCGUUCCUUGGUGAAAUUGUAUCAUAGCACCCAAAAUGUCAAACGUUGGAACAGCCAAGAAAGUGACACAGGUGAAACAGCUGUGGCUGCGGUUGAAGACGACGACGACGACGAUGCACCUGCUGAGCAACGGGUCUCUCGGACCACCACUGUCGUUGGAUUGGUGCUUUCAACCCUGCUGUGUGUGUACCUCGUCCGCUAUAUCUUUGGACCUACUAUCCUAUCGGUUCAGAUGACUUUAUUGGCAGUAGCCGUUGCGCUGCUGCUAAGUGUGCUCGGUGUACGAGCUCUCGGUGAAACAGAUUUGAAUCCAGUUAGUGGUAUAGGCAAGAUCAGUCAAGUGAUCUUCGCAGCCAUGAUCCCUGGCGGCAUUGCAGCCAAUUUGAUCGCGGGUGGUAUUGCCGAAGCAGGCGCUCAGCAAGCAGGAGAUUUGAUGCAAGAUCUGAAGACUGGACAUCUAUUGCAUGCUUCGCCGAAAGCUCAAUUUUAUGGCCAGUUGAUCGGCUCCUGUGUGAGCGCAUUUAUUGCCACUUUUGCAUACAUUUUGUAUCGCACCAUUUACAGUAUUCCGGGACCUGAAUUUCCGGUGCCUACUGCCCAAGUUUGGUUGGACAUGUCACGUUUGGUCAACGGGCAUCCUCUGCCACCGCAUGUAGCCGAAUUCAUUUUCCUGUUUUCCAUGGUCUUUGCUGUCCUGGUUGUUCUCAAGGAAACUUCGGCAACCAAGUCUCGAUAUAUUCCUCAAGGCAUUGCUUUUGCUAUUGGCAUCUACAAUCCACCAAGCUUUACGUUGGCGCGAGUGAUUGGAGGUAUUCUAGGAUACUAUUGGACCAAAUACUGUGAUGCCGACGACAGCGAAAUCUGUGAACAAAAGAAGGGCUGGAGUCGUGUCCCCUUGUUCCUACAUCAUGUCUUCAAGGACUAUCGACAUCAUGUAGGGAAUGUGUUUAUCAUUAUUGUGGCAAGCGGAUUUGUGCUGGGAGAAGGUACGUUUGCCAUUGUCAACAUGAUAAUGCGAGCGUAUGAUAUACCCCAUUUUUAG